GACAAUUUUGACAGCUUGCGCCGCGUAAUGUCUUUACUUGUAAAUUUUUUUCAAAAGAGCAUUUAAUUAGAUUUAUUUUGUUGGCAGUUGAACGAUUUAUAAAAAAAAAUUCCGCUAUGAAUUCAUACAUUGUACAAGCAAUGGACAAGGUUUCUGAUUUGCAACAGCAAACUCAUUUUUGUGUUAAUAACUAUGAUUAUUAUCAUAAAAAUAAUGAAGAUGAUAUUUUGCGCCAAAAGCAGAAACAACUUCGUGUUAGCGCUAUGCAUCUUAAUGGAUUUCUGAACGCAUUAACCGAAUUACAAAAUACAAUUGAGGAAAUAACAACCCAAUGCGAUGAAGUGGAUGCGCUUCUGGAGAAAUGUAAAUCUGUAAAAGGUGAAAAGGAUGAGCAAAGUGACAGCAACAAAGAGAACAUGUAGAUAUUAAAAUUUAUUUAUAUUUAUAUAUUUUCUAAACUCAAUCUAAUGAGUAAGAGUUGAUAAAACUUUUUGUUUUUUAAUUUGUACAUAUAAUACUAUUCAAAUAAAUAAAACAUGACAGGUAGAA